AUGAAGAAAAUUUCAAAUCAGUUAAAAAAUCUAGACUUUUUCAGCGUAACAUACACACCUGCCAUAUCAGAUGGUCUAAACUAUAACCAUUCUAGUGUUAUAGGAGGAAUUAUCUCAAUGAUUAUUGGUGUUUUAAGCUUAAUCUAUUGUAUAUACUAUAUGUAUCUCUGGUGGAGUUAUUAGUUAUUACCAAAAGUUACAGAGGAUAUAAACAAUUUUUCUGAAGAAAUUGACUUUGGUUUUAUUAAUAAUAGAAUGUAAGUGAUAGCAUAUGACAGCAAUGGAGUAUCUAAAAUCAAUCCAUUUAAAAGUGAUGAGAUCAUCUUAAUGCCAUUAAUAAUUGAUCUUGAUGUUGGUGAUCUAGAACCUCUUAUUAGCAAUAUUACAGAUGAAUAAUUACUUGAUAUCAACAUUCUUAUGGGAAAAGAUAAAUAAUUUAUAAUAAUCUUUACUCUUUGUAAAGAUGAUUAUUUAAUUGGAAAUUACAAAUGUGCAUCCCAAGAGGUCUAAACAAAAUAUUUUAAUUAAUCUGGUAAUAUGUUAUAUACCAAUAUUGAAUUUACUACCAUUAAUCCAUCUACAUUUCAACCUUAAUAAUUUCUUAGAACUUAUCCAAUUUAUGUUCAUUCAAAUGCAGAACUAUGCUCUUAAAUUACAUUACAUUAUUAAUUAAAUCAUUAUCUAAUAAAUAAAUCCUUCUUGUUUUCCUCUAAUAUAGAAGAAUAAAACUAUAUUUCAAACUCCCUUAAUUACCCAUAAUUUGGUACUAAGAGUUAUUGUGAUAAAACCUUUAUUCCAGAUACUUAUGGCCUUUAUUGGGUUUUAUUUUAAUAAUAGUAUAGAACUGUUUAAAUUGGAUAUCCAUCAAUAAGUGAAGUAUUUGCAGCAAUUGGAUCAAUAAUUAGUAUAUUAUUUUCUGUCAAAUAUUUGAUUACCAUUUUAAAUUUAUCAUAAUUGAGAUAAUCUGUAUUAGAUGAUAUCAUGAGAUAAUAUUAUCCUGAAAUUAGAAGAUUUCAUAUUAUUAAAAAUUUUUGGGGAAAAAUUAAAUCUGUUAAAUUUGAUGGUGUUUAAGUAGAAUUACCAAGUUAUGUAGCUUUUUAAAAAUAAAUUCAUUCUUAAAUGGCUUGUAAAUUGAAUUAUAAAAAUUUAUUGUAUGAAAUGUCACGGUUUUAAUUUAUAAUUAUGUCAAUGAAAAGACGGAAAGAAAUUGAAAAAGUUCAUGGUGUAGGAAUUAAAGUCCCAAUGAAAUUAUCAGAUUCAGGAGAAUCUUAUGUUAUCUCAGAAGGAAUUUAAAAUCAACAAAAAACUCUUAAUCUAAGACACAUGAAUACAAUUAAAACCAAAUAUGAUAUUUUAUCAAUAAAUGAUGCUCUAAUAUUAAGUUAGGAAUUCAAAAAACUAUAAUAAUAGUCAGAAACUCAAAUUGGUUAAACAACUAAUAAUGUUGAUAAUGGUAAUGAAAACGAGGAGAUUGAAAGGGAAUAAGACUUUUAUGACAUUAAUUUUAUUAAGUAAACGAAUUCACCCAAAAAUAGGCAAAUUGAUGAUUUUUGA